GAGUCGCCGGUAGUUCGCUAAAGAACCACAACAAGUUGAAGCUCUAUGUCCGGGUCAAUUAAGUUCUAUUACGACUUGUUGUCACCCGUCGCAAGGGGACUAUGGUUGGCUCUGAAAUUGGCAAAACCCAUCGAGUAUUGCCCCAUUGCCCUCCGUAAAUUUGAGCAAUUGACCGAUGAGUACAAGAAGAUCAAUCGCUUUCAGAAGGUGCCAGCCAUUGUGGAUGGAGACUUUCACUUGGCGGAGACCAUAGCCAUCAUUCGUUAUCUUGCCGACAAAGGUCAGUUCGAUGAGAAGCUUUACCCAAAGUCCAUUGAGGCUCGGGCGCGGGUGGAUGAAUACCUGGAGUGGCAGCACCUCAAUAUCCGACUGGCCUGCUCCCAGUACUUCCGCGAUGCCUGGCUCUUUCCCAUAAAUGGCCAACCCAAACCCAAGCCGGAACAGAUUAGGCAGCUGGUGGAGAACGUGGAAACCAAUCUGGGUCUGCUGGAGUUGCUGUUUCUGGAAAACGACUUUCUGGCAGGGCCACAUCUAACAGUGGCUGAUAUCCUGGGCGCCUCGGAAAUCAAUCAACUGAAGAUCUGUCUCUAUGCUGUUGACGGGCAAAGGUUCCCAAAAGUAACCAAAUGGUUGGAGCGGGUGCGAGAGGCAACCAAUCCCUUCUACGACGAGUCCUUGAAGUUUAUCAAUCACAAAGCCAAACAGAAUAAUGUUUCCAAAUUGUAAGAAGCCUUACGUUUGC